CAAAGCCAGCAAAACAUGCAGGGAAAAACCCAAACUUCCUUGACUCAAAGUGCGCCUAUAUAAACUCUGUUCAGUGAUAUCCGACCUCAGACAAGAAACCGUCUCAUCAAAGAUGAAGAACUUUUCUCUCUACUCUCAGCUGCUUCUCGUGUGUGUGGCGGCCGCAGCACUGCGCGCCAAUGCCUCCCACUCCCACUCCUACUCCCAGGAGGCUCGCCUGAAAGAGUUCAUCUCGUCGAGAAGGACCAGCAAUAGUAGCAGCGACGCGUUUAGAGUCCGUAAUAUAGCCGACAGGGUUGCCGUCAGUCUGAGCGCAGAGAGCUCUGCCUCGGAGUACCAGAGUUCCAUGAAGGCGGCCGACAAGAUCACGGCAUUGCUCGGGCAGCCGGAAGGCGUCGACUUCAACCAGUACAGUGGGUAUGUGACCGUCGACGAGGUGAACGGCCGCGCGCUCUUCUACUACCUCACCGAAUCGCCUUCAGGUGCCUCCGAGAAGCCACUCGUCUUGUGGCUCAACGGAGGUCCAGGAUGCUCAUCGCUCGCCUUCGGAGCAAUGCAAGAGCUCGGCCCGUUCCGCAUAACCCAGGACAACAAAACGCUAACCAGAAACAUGAACGCCUGGAACAACGUGGCUAAUGUGAUCUUCCUCGACUCACCCGCCGGUGUGGGAUUCUCCUACUCGAACACGUCCUCAGACUAUGAUCUUAACGGAGACGAAAGAACCGCGGACGACACGUUUGUCUUCCUCGUCAACUGGCUCGAGAGGUUCCCGGAGUAUAAAGACCGCGCCUUCUACAUCUCCGGGGAGAGCUAUGCCGGGCACUACGUGCCAGAGCUCGCAGCCACCAUCCUAUUCCACAACACAUACCACAACAGAACCAUCAUAAGCCUCAAGGGCAUCCUGGUUGGAAAUGCGUAUCUUGACAUAAACAGGAAUAUCAUGGGAACACUUGACUUCUUUUGGACCCACGGGGUGAUGUCGGACGAGGUCUACGCAAAUAUCACCAGGAACUGCGACAUCGACAUCUUGGGUCGCAGUAAUACAUUUGAAGAGACGGUGACGGCAUGCGUCGCUUUGGAUGCAUUCGACCCAGGCCAAAUCGAUGCCUACAACAUAUACGCUCCAGUUUGCAUUCACGCACCCAACAGAAUGUAUUAUCCCAGUGGCUAUUUACCUGGGUAUGAUCCAUGCAGUCCUUAUGCUGCCUAUGGCUACCUCAACAAUUCGGCGGUGCAACACGCUUUCCAUGCUAGAACGACAAAGUGGGGAAACUGCGCGAACUUGCACUGGAAAGAUUCACCGAUGUCCAUGAUCCCAACCCUCCGAUUUUUAAUCGAGAGCAAGCUUCCCGUUUGGUUAUUCAGUGGUGAUUUCGAUGCCGUGUGCCCACUUGCGGCGACGAGGUUUACUAUCCAAGAUCUGGGGCUCCCUAUCACCACUGCAUGGCGCCCAUGGACAGCAAAGGAGGAGGUGGGAGGGUAUGUUCAGCAGUAUGCUGGGGGGUUCACGUUUCUGUCCGUGAGAGGAGCUGGCCAUAUGGUUCCAUCGUCUCAGCCUGAGAGAGUGUUGAUAAUGUUGAGCUCUUUCUUGAAAGGGAUACUCCCGCCUUACAUCGAAGAGCAGCAGUAGCAGUGUUUCAUGAUGCACAGGUACAAUAAAAUCCAUAGAUCAGAAAUCGAUCUUCUUGCCAAACUUGAUAACAGAUGUCAUGGUGUUGAUGGAGGUGCACUUACAGUUCCCAAAGGUGCAUGCUCCUACAAGUGGUCACAGAUUUCUUUUAAAUAAAUAUAGAGUGAAUUCCAUUCUCCACCCAUUGUUUGUAAAUUUAUGAAGAUGUAUGUUGAACAUGUGUACAUGUUUGGUUGCAGCUGGGCUUGUAAUUAGCGGAGGGUUAUGUAUUUGAGUCGAACAUGUGUAACCAUGGCCUAACAUAUAAACCGUGGGGUAGCCAAACUAGACUAGACAAAAGCUGGUUAUAGGUUAGACACAAGAUCACGAGGGGACACUCCGCCACCCGUGGCAUGAUUCCCAGACCAGCUGUGCAGCGUGGUGGUCUGUUGUGCCGAUGGCCUCAGUACGUGAGCUUUGUCAUCUAUUGUACUAUGUUGAGGAGCACCCGUAGUCAUGCACCGGGUAGUAGGCGGGAUCGUCGAACCUCAUUAACGAAUCUUGGUGUCGUUGUUGUCA